GUUUGAAACCCCCGCAUUUCAUUCGGAAUAUCCCUCUUUCGCGGGGAAUUGGAAAUCGGUAUGUUCCGGACAUUUUUGCAUCAAAGGAGAUAGACAACACGAUUUGACCACUCAAAUCCAUAAGCUCACAAGCUCUGGCACCUCUGUUGACAAUGACCUAUCUAUGAAUUCCAUAAACCAAUGAAAUUGCUGAGUUUGUAAGGUAAGUUGCUUUAUUGCUGGGCAACUCCCGCUGAAAGAGACUUUUCUGUGCACCCAAUGCCUUUUACAAUCAAACAUUUUACUUAUAUACACAAAACAUCAUUCCCAUCAGAAAGCUCUGUGGCCGGCAAAAAAAUGAGGUAUGUCGUCAAAUCGCUCUGCUUUGUUCAGAAUAUCAGUUCACUAUCCGGAAUGUGAUGAUUCGGGGUAUCCCACGUUCCAACAACUCUUGCACAACCAAGAUGCUGCUGUAGACCUUAUUGCUAAAAAGGCCGCGUCUUUGCCAUGGAUUGGUCCACCAAAGGGGGGCUUCGUUAUUAAUGAGGAUGGAUACUCUCGACCCUAUACAAAUGCCACAAUUUUUGCCCAAGCAGAUGCAUUUGGCAAAGCUACCAUUGCUUACGAGGUACAUGGAGAUAUUCUCAAGAAGUAUUUCGCCAUGGGUGGGGAUCGAAGCAAGCUGGGAUGUCCAGUCACAGACGAAUCAUGGACUUCGGACUGUGGUUGCCGUUUCAAUAACUUCACUUCAGGUGCUAUUUAUUGCAAUUCUAAGAUUGGCACUUGCGUCGUGAAGGGUGAGAUUUAUAAGAAGUGGAUGGCUAUGGAAGGGGCGGAAGGGGUAAUGGGGUAUCCAGUUUCUGACGAAACAUUAACGCCCGGCGGAGUGACUCGAUUCAAUAUGUUCUCACACGGUGGAGCUAUCUAUUAUACUGUGACUCGCGGGGCAUUCUGGAUUUAUGGAGAUAUCUACAAGAAGUGGAUGGCUACAGGUGGCGAGUUAGGGGGCCUGGGAUAUCCUGUAUCUGACGAGGAAUUGGCACCAGAUGGAGUGUGUCGUUUCAACAGGUUCUCUGGCGGUGGCGCUAUAUUCUCAACCCCAGAACGUGGUGCGGUUAAGGUAGCUGGAGAUAUUUACAAAAGGUGGAUAGCUCUUGGCGGAGGAAGUGGGUAUUUGGGCUCCCCCAUCACCGAUGAGAUUGGCGGAAAAUACGAUACUCGUUAUAACGACUUUUCUGGCGGUUCGAUAUGGUGGCAUCCCUCUAUUGGCACCCGAGAGUUCGCUGGAAAGGAAACAAAUUAUAACAUCAACAUAACCGAAAUUUUGAUUGAUGAGCUUCGCUCUGCACGUGUAGACACUCUUUAUAUUACAGCUUCCAUCGCUACAGUAUCUGGAGGAGUUCAAUCAAUUGCUCUUCCUCUUGGCGAGCACUCGGUUGGUUUCGUAUAUCCCAGCUUAAUGUUCCAGAAUUGUUCAAUUGGUGAUGAGGAGACAGUCACAUUUACAUACCUCGUCGUCCACAAUCAUUCUAAUAAACGAGAGGAUGUUCUCAAAAAACUCGAGGCCGUCAUACAUAAACUUGGAAAAGCUGCUAUAGAAGAGAAUGUGGUUUCUCUGAAUUCAAUGCGCAAGCUAUCAAUUGGAGACGCUAUCGGCACAGCUAUAGGCAGAGCGCCUGUGCCUCUGAGUCAGCCAGCUGUUCGCCCAUUCGAGGGAUGGGCCGAUAGUGGCGGUCUAGGGAUGCCGUUUCUGAAUUGUGACGGCGUUGUUGCUGCGGAGGUCACAACGCUGAAAGGUAGCGAUAUCAAGGCACAUUUAAUCGUGGGGAAUACAUGGAAAGUCAACGAUAAGCAUAUGGGCACAAAAGCGCCAGAUUGGUGUGGCUCAAUUUCACGAUACCAUGUGUUAUGGAAUGUGGAAUUUUCAUGAAUUCACCUGUUGCAUAACGUUGAUGUGUCCUGCAAAUUGCUUCAUAGUACAAUUUUUUGGAUUAUCUUGGGGGUCUGGUCUGGAUCUUUCUUUCUUUCAACAGAGCAACGCAACUAUGAGAUGGAUGUAAUGGUGAGUUAUUGUUCCUUUUAACAAACGCUAGCAAGGUCUGAAAUAAUAAAAUCGAAGAGUAACUCAUAUGGCACGAUGGCUGGCAAGUUCUAAUGAUGAAAUGACAUUAAGAUGCUUGCUAUGGUGGGGAUGAUAAUUGUGCUCUACUGAACGCAACACA